AUAUGAGCUUUAAGUAAUAAAUGGAUUAACAUCUCUUUCUAUCUCUCUCUCUCUUAUGGACACACAUUAAGAAAUAGAAAAGCUGCAAAUAAUAUGAAAAGAUUGAUUAAACGUAGUGCUAGGUUUAAAGUCUAGAUUUUUUUUUUUGUUCAUAUUUUAACAGGCUAGCAGUUCAAAUGAGCCAUGCAGCUACACCACAGUAUAAGUUAGUUGUGUGAGUUAAUGUGACUAACCUUUGUGAAUGCGAUGUCUCAUAAAAUUUGAUGAUGUUGUUCCGGUAUCUUUAAUUGUUUUCCCACAUUCUGUGCAUCUAGCUGAUCUGACGUGAUAAUAAACCCAAACAAAAGAACAUAUGGCACGGUGGCUCCCGUCAUGUUUCAUGGGACUCUUAUUAUGACAUUUCUGAGUUUAUACGCACUGACAUAAUCAAAUUCUAUGACAAGAGUCUGAUCUACCACGACACGUAAGACACGAAAUAUAUGUAACGCAGAUAUUACAAAACCAUUUAAACACAAUACGAAUUCUUUAUUUAUUAUAUCAGUAGUUCAGGGUAAAAGACUUGAGUCGUUUUUAAAAUAUUCCGAGUCUUUUGUGCCGAGUUGAGUCAAGUCUGAAGUCAUUUCAGGUCGAGUCCGAGUCUGAAGUCUGUUAAAAUGCGACUCGAGUCCGAGUCUCUAACUCAAGUGCCCAUCUCUGGGCAGUUCCAUGACGGGAAUGGUGUCAGUAGAGCGCCAUCUUUGGCUUACUCUUACUGACAUCAAAGAAAAUUAUAAAACGUUUCUUUUAGAUGCCCCCAUAGCUAAGGAUGUCCUAUUUGGAGAGUCUUUUCCUGCUGUGGUGGAGAAACUUCGAGCAGCGAAACAGCUCAUCCCAUGUUGUUCUAGGGAGGUUAAGUGGUAACAACCUACAGUUCGUUUGUGCUCAUCUUCUCUACAGCGCCCCCGUGAGGUGCUGUGAAGUGAGCCAUCACCUAUGGAACCCCCUCUUAGAGACGCGUCCCAGGACUCACCCAACAGUUCACUCAUGACAACGCAAACGUAUAGACCUGAGUUUGAUGGCCAAGACCUCUCAUUGUCAGGCCCCCAGCAGCAGUUCCUUAUUCCUUCUAUUCUGCUUGGAGCGGGCAGGUGCGAACUGGAGGGGCUACACGCAUUACAAAAGGGAAAUGGGAGUGAGGUUUAGGGGUGAGUGUAACAGACGUAGGCUGGUAAGUUCGCACUCUGUAUGUAAGUGCUCUGCACUUACUCCCCUGAUCUCAAGAGAUGCUCUAGCGAUUGACACUUGGGGUUACAGCCUUUAUCCUCCUUGUUAGAGCGUCUGACUCCCAUGUGGAUGUGCCCGGGUUUGCGUCCCACUUGGAGCAGGCAGGUGCGAACUGAAGGGGCUACACUUACCUGUUAAUACUAUCUGCUUAUCUGCUGCAAUAAAGUAUAUCCUUAUUUCCACUAACCAUCUGUCUGAUUUUCCAUUACAUAGUUAACUUAACAUUUCAAUUUAUAUAGGCUUUUCUCAAGCCAUUCUCCAAUAUUUGGAAUUUAUUUUAUGACUACACAAGUGUAGGCAUGUCAAACAAUCACAUCCUGUAUCGUCUAUAAGCCUAUAUGCACUUGAGAAUAAGUAAAGUAUAAAAGCAGGGCUGUUUCUGGAACUUCACAAACUCUUCCUCUGAGAUUCUAAAGGCAACAACCAAACCAAGGUUCAUCAUGGCAAUGCUGAGAGGUCUACUGCUUCUUUUCGUUAUCUUCUCCAUAGGGAAUGCACAAGUUAAUUUAGAUAAAAAAUGCCCCUUUGGAUGGAAAAACUUUGGAGUCCGAUGCUACAAGUACUUCUCUCAGUCGGCUGACUGGAUCACAGCAGAGAAAAGCUGCCAAAGUCUUGGUGCAAAUCUCGCAUCUGUUCAUCAUAAACUGGAAAAUGAUUUUCUGCUGAGUCUGUUGCCUUCUUCUUCCACACGUUCUUUUAUUGGUGCUAAUGAUGGUAUAAAAGAUGGACAGUGGUUGUGGAGUGAUGGAUCUGAGUAUGACUUUACCAACUGGUGCUCUAAUGAGCCUAACAAUCAGAAUGGUCCUGAGAACUGUCUGGAGAUCAACUAUUCCUCUAACCUUUGCUGGAACGAUAAGACCUGUUCACACCAAUUGAGCUAUAUUUGUGCUAUAGACCUGUGAGGUCAUGCAGUCACGCUGCUCCAUAAAUUACUUUGAUUGUACACCUUCAGAUCUUAUCUUUACAAAAAAUGUUAUUCUGAAAUUAAACCUCAUUUAAAUCUUUUCAAAGCUUUAAUUUUUUCCCAAUACCUUCUCUGAAACUCUUCUCUAAUCAAUAAAAGCAUUGAUACAGCAAAUAAUGAUGGUAUAAAAGUAAGUUAAACUGUGUGUCUUAAAGAAACCUUUUUGUUCAUCUAGACUGAAAGUUCUGCUUUAAACAGUAAAUACAAAGUUUCUAAUGAAGAUGGUUUAAAGCUGAACUUGAUUAGCUUCUUCCUGAAGUCUGUAGUGCAAUCUUUCUAAUCACCAGGGGCGGAUCUACCGGGGUGGCACGGGGUGGCAAUUGCCACCCUAAGAAAAAGCUUUGCCACCCCAUCUUCCACCCCAAAAUUAUCAGAGAGUAAAAUAGAAAUGUUAGCAGUGUUUCAAGUACUACUGCUUUUCAGCAGCGGCGCUUCAAUGUGAUGACAUAAAAAAGACAGCGUAUUGCAAAAUAAUGGCAAGAAAACACGUCUUUCAAUAAGCUGCAUGAUUGUUGCACGCGCGCGCAGCGCGCCCAAUGUAGUCAGCUUCAUUAACAAAUGACUCUUAUGAACCGAUUCUUUGAGAGUCAAAAACACACAGCACAGCCAAGUUUCCCCCUAUUUCUUCGUGAAUCGGAAAAUUACUGCUUCUCAGCUAACUCAGAAGUCCUCGAAUUUUCGUUAUUUUUUGCGAGCUGAUUCACCGACCGCCCGCUCUACUUUCAUCAUGGUCUUUUAGCCAUCCGACGAAACGUUAACAUGAAAUCAAUUAGAAGAUCCCAAUCACAGAAACUAGUUAGGUAAGAAUCUAAAUGUAUUUUAUCUUUUCUAACACACAUUUUCUAACACAUUAUAAGUGAUUCAAUUGGCCCAGUUUCCCAAACCAUUCGUUCAGUUCUCAAAACAAAGACACAUUUCUCAAAACGUUUAACAAUGACAACAUUAGGUAGCAAAACUGAUGACAGACCAGUCAAAAUCUGAAUGAAAGCUGGAUGAAAAAUUUACAGGGGUUUUAAACUUACACACCAGUACUUUAGAUGAGGGAAAUUUCACUAUGUACAGUAAACUGUAGCAAGUUGUACACCCUCAAACUUGUGAUUGUCAACUUUCUCUGUAGCCAUUUGUACUGUAUUUUUUGCAGAACUGAGAAAUGACUGCCUAGGGAUAUACAGUAGGCCUUGUCUUGUGUCAGAAGACCAAUACACUGCUAUAAUACUGUAUAUACUGUAAUACAAUUUGGCCAAAUGUGCAGAGGAUGCUGAAUUUAGUUUUACUGCAAUUGACAAUAUACUGUAUUGUGGUGCAUACUACUGCAAUCUACUGCAAGAUCAAUUUAUAAUAGUAAAAUAAAAAAAAAAGAAAGAAGAAAAAUCAUUGCUGUAUUUUACUGUAUCUGUAAAUUUAUUUUUGUAUAGUGUAGUAGACAGUGAGCUGCAAAAUAAUUCCUGAAUCCCAGUAAGCAGCAUUUUUGUUACAGUGUUAGAUGAAUUGAUCUCACUAGUGUUCACUGGGCAGUGCAGUAGUGUGUAUUUGUUACGUUUUGUGUGUUAUCUGAGGCCAAAGUUUGAUUUUGUCAGACAAGAAUACGUUUUUGACUAUAACAUUUUUUUUUUUUUGACCUGGAAGUUUGAGGUUUGUACAAGUGCAUAGUAUUGAGAUUGUGUUUAUAGUUGU